UCUUGGAAAGAGAGGAUGGCACAGCGAAGCCCGAUAUUCUCCACACUUGGCCCAACUGAAAGACGAAUCCGGAACAUCCCCCUCCACAGCCAAGCUCUGACGGCCAUUCCUCUUGGGUCAGCAAGACUCGUGGACCAGCUAGAAGACAGGAUUCUCAGCCAUGAGAAGACGACAGCUGCCCUUGUGGAACACGCUUUUCGCAUCAAGGAGGACAUUGUUUGCACGCUGCAUAGGAUGCAGAACAAAGGCGGAGGGGACCGGCUGGCCAGGCAGCUCUUGGAGGAGCACAUCCGCAACAUCACAGCCAUCGUCAGGCAGCUGAACCGGGACAUUGAGGCUCUACAGGAACAGAUCCGUGUCAGGGAUAACCUCAGUUACGGGACGAAUUCGACACUGAAGAGCCUGGAGAUGCGUCAGUUAUCUGGUCUGGGAGAUCUCAGAGGUCGGGUUGCAAGGUGUGAUACUGGGCUAGCCAGAUUGUCUGCUGAACACAAAGUUACCUAUGAAAGACUACAGAACCUAAGCAAAGAUCAGCAGGCGACCAAGUUGAUAUUGGAGUCUAAGAUAAAAGAAGCAGAAAUACAGAUUUCACACCUUUUAAGCAGAAUAGAACAAUCAAUCAUGCAACAGGAAGCCAAACUGAAGCUCACCUAUAAAGAGAGCAACCAACAGCUCCACCUUCUGGACACAAAAUUACAGGAUGCCAUUGAUUACCUCAGUAACCAGAUCUCAUCUGCACGAAGCUGGAUGGAACAGGAGCAUGACCGGUUUGAGAAAGAGUUUCUGCAGAAGAUUGAUCAACUGUCCCUGGCCAUUAAGGAAAAAAGUGAAAUGGACAGCAGCGCCUUAGAGAUGCAAUUCAGCGAGAUCCAAGGGAAACUUAAUAAAAUGGAAGACGGGCAAAAGAUCACCACAGAAGAACACGGAGCAAAGAAGACGGAAGACAGAAUCAACAUCCAGCUCAGCAAGCUUCAGAUGGAUAUUAAUGAAGAUAUAAAAGAAGUGAAAGCCGAGGUUAAUGCUGGAUUUGCGACCAUCUAUGAGAGCAUUGGAUCCCUGCGGCAAGUUCUUGAAACCAAAAUGAAACUGGAUAAGGAAGAGCUGCAGAAGCAGAUUCAGCAAAUGAAGUAA